AUGGUUUGCUGUCCUAUACAUCUCGGUCAGCUGUUCCCUUCAUGGGCCGACUUCAAAGAAGCAAUCCAGGAUUGGUCCAUCGCCGACAAAUUCCAGUUCAAGUCUCUACACAAGGAUCGAUCUCGUGCCGACAUAAGGUGUCGGACGCGUACGAAGAAAGAACCCAAUCACAAUUGCCAGCGUGCAGAACGAGCGGCAGCGAAACGCGAGACGUGCAACAGCCAAUCGUGGCUCAAACGACAUGUACCGAAGCACCUUAUUGUCACGAGAGAAACACGACCAGAGGAGAUACAGGACGUAAUAAAGAGCUAUUACGGGGUGGACAUCAACUACCAGGCGGCGAAUGAAGUGAAGAAUACACUAUCCAAGCAGUACAAGGUCAAGAUGGUGCAGCCAAAGUUACCAGCAUAUCUCUAUCCUCCUCACGUCGACCCUCAUCCAAACAACGAUAUCGGAAUACAAAAGAUGUCGAACCAAACGCCAAACUCCGCCUCUCUAACCCUACGCGCGAAAAACGGAUCCACCACUGUGUUCCUAUUUGCCCAGAAAUCCGACUCUCUCCUGUCCCUCAAGUCUCAAAUCCAUGAGCUGUUACAGCAAAACAAAGACAACAUCGUCACGCCCAUCUCCGACAGCGCAGACGAAAUCAUUCUCGGAGCCCCCAUCGACCAAGCCGACCUAAGCAAGGGCUUCCAAACAAUCCAGAACCAAGACAAGAAGCGAACCACUGUGCAGGAUGCAGGAUUGAAGGAUGUAUCUGUCAUUGGCUACAAGGUCGGGGAAGAUGCGGAUUUUAGCGUGGAGGUUCCAAGCGACGACUUUGAUGAUUCGCAGCAGGAGUAA